GUAGUUAUGUAACUAAUUACAUAUUUGAAUUAUUAAAUAUGAAUAUUAUAAUAAUAAUAUUGUACAAUACUACAAUAACACAGUUACAGUGUACAAUAAUGAGAUUUUAUGAAUGUGAACUAUUCAACUAUGAACACUGAUGUCAAUGUCAAUUGUCAGUCAACAGUCACAACUCACAAAUCACAAUCAUAAUAUUAUAUUUUCUUUAUCAAGAAAUAAACUCAUGGACUAAACACAUUUUUAAUUUUUUCUACUUUCAAAAUAAAUUAUUGUGGUUAGGGUCGAAAAUUAUUGAACAGCCGUGAUUUUUAUGAUAUGUUAUCACAAAUUUACAAAUCAUAAUACUAUUAAUCUAUUCGGUGUUAUAAGUUAUAACUCAUUAGUGGUUUUAAACAAACUGUAUACUGCCGUACUCAAGAAUAUUAUGAAGUUCGAAAUCAAAAUGAAUAGCUUGAAAAAUAUGUUUAGACCGACGAAACCAAUUUCGAAAAAUGUUUCAUUUAAACCGGACGAACUCAUAUCCAACAGUCAAAAAUUGAUGUUGGAGCUUGGUAUCAUCAGACAAAGUACUAAUGGACUCUACCACUUAUUGCCCCUUGCUCAGCGAUCUUUAGAUAAAUUGAUCAAUAUUAUAAAUAAAAAUAUGAUGAAUAUUGGUGCUCAGAAGAUUUCCAUGCCCGUAUUAAUACAUAGUAACUUGUGGAAAAAAACAGGUCGGUUAAGCAAAAACAUAGAAGAUUUAUAUAUAGUGAACGAUCGUAAAAGCAAAGAGUUCCUACUAAGUCCGACUCAUGAAGAGGUCGUUACUGAUUUAUUUAGUUCAGAUCCUAAGACGUACAAGCAGUUACCUUUAAUGUUGUAUCAAAUUGGCACAAAAUUCAGGGAUGAGAUUAGGCCCAAGUUGGGAAUUAUCAGAUCCAAAGAGUUUCUUAUGAAAGAUUUAUAUUCUUUUGAUAGAGAUCAAACUAGUGCCAUUACCACGUACAACAAAGUAUGUCAAGCCUACGAAAAAAUAUUUAAGCAUAUUGGUGUUAAAUUCAUAAAAGUUGAAGGUACGUCAGGAAUGAUGGGUGGAAAUCAAUCUCACGAAUUUCAUUUUCCGGCUGAAGUUGGAGAUGAUACAUUAUUACAAUGUAAAAAAUGUGAGUUUGGAAUGAACAAAGAAAUGUCACCAGAGUUGGUUCAGUGUCCUAAAUGCUCUAGUACUGAUAUUGAGUUUACAAAGGCUAUUGAAGUUGGCCAUACUUUCAAUCUUGGUACAUUUUAUUCAAACGCCUUGUCCGCCACAUAUUCAGAUACAGAUGGAACUUUGAAACCACCAUAUAUGGGUAGCUAUGGUUUAGGUGUUACUCGAAUAAUCGGUGCAUCUGUAGAAUGUUUGAGCACACAAGAAAUAAUCCAAUGGCCACGGUCAUUAUCUCCAUUUACUGUCUGCAUAAUACCAGCUAAAGAAGGCAGUAUAGAGGAAAACACUUCAUUGAAUAACAUACAAUCUCUUUACAAUCAUUUUACUAAAAUAUUUGGAGAUGAUAUUGUUGUUGAUGAUCGAACCCAUAUGACUAUUGGAAAGCGAUUAAUCGAAGCAAAGAAAUUAGGAUUUCCAUUUGUAGUUGUUAUGGGAAAGAAAAUAAAUGAAAACCCCUCUUUGUACGAACUGUAUGAAGCCAGUACAAAUAAGUUAAAACAUUAUGAACUAAGUAACUUAAUUAAUUAUCUUAAGCAACAAUGUUUAGAUAAAAUAUAAGUGUUUUUUAAUAUAAUUAAAAGUUAUUUAAUUAUCUUAUUAAUUAGGUUUAGAAAUAACUUGUGAUAAUUGUUUUUUUAAAUGUUAAUGUUAAACAUUUACACGUUUUGUUAAAUGUAUAAACAAUUUGUUUUAAUUUAUUUUAAGUAUUUAACUUCGUCUAAAUAAUAUACUUCCAUUUUUAUAUUAAUAUGGGAAUUUAUGUUGUUUUUAUUCAGAUUUGUGAUAAGGACUUUUUGGGACUUGUCACUACAAACAAGAAUUAAAUAUUAAUAUUAUUAGGUAUAAAAAUUCAAAAAUACUACUUAAUCAAAAUUGAUUGCCAUUACGUUAACCAAUGUAUAAGUCAAUAUUCAUUAGACAUAGUCAGCUUUGUGGUAACAUGUACAAAAUGUACAAUGUACAUCAUAUGUUAAAAAAUAAAAAAUAUUAACACAUUAGAAAUGUUAAUGAUAUCAUAAA